CGAUGCGUCAUCACUUGUCAAAUUGUAGGCUGCAAGAACUGCAUCAACUUGCGGCCGAUUUUCUAAAAGUUUAUCGAUUCUUAUAAGAGAAGUUGGAAUCUCUCUAAAACAUCAUGGGAGAUUCGUUGGAUGGGAGUGAAAAUUCACCCGAGUCACAGAAUGUGAUUCUGGUGGACUUUCAAGACUUCGCGAAUUACUUGCGCAGGGCCGCAACGGUACUUUUGCCCGAAGAUGAUAUUGUUCCACCGGCAUUGAAUGCUGCUUUGGACGACAAGGUGAACCAAGACUGCAUAAAAAAGUUCUUCUCUGAUCCUCAAGUAUCUUCGUUGUACGUUCAGAGGUUUUCUUCAAAAGAAGAUGACAGUGAACAACCUACUGAAGGCGAAGAGGAGAAAGAGGCUGUCACUUACCAAAUCAGCAAUGAGGUUCACUUCUCGUCUUCUCGUGUGGCAGCGUUUGUGUGCAUUAAGCGUGGAGCUGUCAUCGAAGCUGACAAGUCAAUUCACAGCCAACUGCGGCUUAUCAACCUCUCUGAUGGCUCUCCAUAUGAGACUCUGCACGCCUUCAUCAGCAAAACCAUGGCUCCUUUCUUCAAGAGUUAUGUGAAAGAGAGUGGAAGGGCUGACAGGGAUGGAGACAAAAUGGCACCAUCAGUGGAGAAGAAGAUUGCUGAGUUGGAGAUGGGACUGCUGCAUCUUCAGCAGAAUAUUGAUAUCCCAGAGAUCACUCUCCCUGUUCAUCCACUAGUUGCUACUGUCAUUAAAAGGGCUUCUGAUGAAGGUCGCAAGCCUCGUGUAGCCGACUUUGGUGAUAAAGUGGAAGACUCCACAUUCCUGAAUCAACUGCAAAAUGGAGUCAACCGCUGGAUCAAAGAAAUACAAAAGGUUACCAAGUUAGACCGAGACCCUUCAAAUGGAACAGCCCUCCAAGAAAUUUCCUUCUGGCUCAACCUGGAGAGAGCCCUGCAUCGCAUUCAGGAGAAGAGAGAAAGCAUUGAGGUUGCCCUAACCCUGGAGAUCCUGAAGUAUGGAAAGAGGUUCCAUGCCACUGUUUCCUUUGACACGGAUACAGGAUUGAAGCAAGCUCUAGCCACUGUGUCUGACUACAAUCCUCUGAUGAAAGACUUUCCUAUCAACGACCUGCUCAGUGCCACUGAACUGGAGAGGAUUAGGUUGGCAGUUCAACAAAUAUUUUCUCACCUCCGUAAGAUUCGUUCUACCAAGUACCCUAUUCAACGUGGUUUGCGACUCGUUGAAGCCAUCUCACGCGAUCUCGGACAACAACUCCUUAAGGUAUUGGGUACUCGUCGUUUGAUGCACAUUCCCUUUGAGGACUUCGAGCGUGUGAUGACCCAGUGCUUCGAAGUUUUCUCGUGUUGGGACGAUGAAUACGAGAAGUUACAAGGCUUGUUGCGUGAUAUAGUUAAGAAGAAGCGAGAUGAACACCUUAAGAUGGUUUGGCGAGUUUCCCCCUCACAUAAGCGUCUGCAAGCCCGUAUGGAACACAUGCGCCGUUUCCGCAGGCACCAUGAACAGCUGCGUACCGUAAUGCUCAGGGUGCUGCGACCUCGCGCUAAUGUAGCGGCUGAAGCAGGCGCUGGCGGUGAACCAGCACAGCCUCUCUCUUUGCCGAUGGAUGCCGCCGACGCCAACGCCAUUGCCGAGGUAAAUCUGGCCUAUGAGAAUGUGAAGGAAGUUGACUGUCUGGACAUUUCUCGUGAAGGCUGCGACGCCUGGGAGGCGGCUGUCCGUCGCUAUGAAGAUCGUAUCGAUCGCGUGGAGACUCGCAUCACCGCUCACCUGCGUGACCAGCUCGGAACAGCUAAGAACGCCAACGAGAUGUUCCGGAUUUUCUCACGCUUCAACGCUCUGUUCGUGCGCCCGCACAUCAGGGGCGCCAUCCGAGAGUACCAGACACAGCUGAUACAGCGCGUCAAAGAUGAUAUUGAAACUUUGCAUGAAAAGUUUAAGGUCCAAUAUCCUCAAUCGAAGUGCAGUCGCCUAUCUUUGGUGCGCGAUUUGCCGCCCGUGGCUGGUUCCAUCAUCUGGGCGAAGCAGAUCGACCACCAACUGACUGCGUACUUGAAGAGAGUUGAGGAUGUACUUGGUAAAGGAUGGGAGAAUCACAUCGAAGGUCAGAAACUGAAGGCAGAUGGCGACAGUUUCCGUCUCAAGUUGGACACUCAAGAAGUCUUUGAUGAUUGGGCUCGUAAAGUGCAACAACGUAAUCUUGGCGUCUCCGGUCGUAUCUUCGCCAUAGAAUCGGUGCGAGCUCGGUCCAGCAAAACUGGCACUAUAUUGAAACUGAAAGUUAACUUCCUCCCAGAAAUCAUUACUCUAUACAAAGAAGUCCGCAAUCUCAAGAACCUUGGAUUCAGGGUGCCCUUAGCGAUCGUAAACAAGGCUCACCAGGCAAACCAACUAUACCCAUUCGCUAUAUCACUCAUCGAAAGCGUGCGAACUUACGAACGCACCCUAGAAAAGAUCCGCGACAAAGCUUCGAUCAUCCCACUGGUUGCCGGUCUGCGUCGUGAUGUACUGAACCAAGUGUCUGAAGGCAUGGCCCUUGUGUGGGAGUCGUACAAGCUCGACCCGUACGUGCAGAAGCUCAGCGAAGUUGUACUCCUGUUCCAAGAGAAGGUUGAAGAUCUUUUAGCAGUAGAGGAACAGAUAUCAGUGGACGCUCGGUCGUUGGAAACUUGCCCAUACUCUGCUGGCAGUCUGGCGGACAUCCUCAGCCGCCUGCAGAGGGCUAUCGAUGACCUAUCCCUGAGACAGUACAGCAACCUGCACCUGUGGGUCCAGCGUCUUGAUGAAGAGGUUGAGAAGAGCUUGGCUGCCCGCCUUCAGGCUGGUAUCGAAGCAUGGACCGGCGCUCUACUCGGCAAGAGUCAUGAACUCGAUCUGUCUAUGGACACCUACUCACCCACUGAGCCCACUCACAAGCCCGGCGGUGAACCACAGAUCGCUCGCGUAGUCCACGAAGUCCGCAUCACGAACCAGCAGAUGUACCUGUUCCCGUCUCUAGAAGAGGCGCGAUUCCAACUCAUGCGACAGAUGUUCGCAUGGCAAGCUAUCGUCACCAGCCAACACCGCUUGCAGAGCACCAGAUACCAAGUGGGCGUGGCUCGCGCUCAGACAGCAACGUACAGGAACUUGUUGACCAAGCUCCCGGGAGGAUCGUCUCCAUUAGAGAACGCGUACGACGCUAUCGAACAGAAGAUAUCACAAGUUCGCGAAUAUGUCGACGAAUGGCUACGUUAUCAAGCAUUGUGGGAUCUGCAGCCUGAAAGCUUGUACGGCCGUCUUGGAGAAGACAUUACUCUCUGGAUUAAAUGCUUGAAUGAUAUCAAGAAGUCUCGCACAACAUUCGACACGUCAGACACUCGUCGUGAGUACGGACCAGUCGUGAUCGACUUCGCGCGAGUGCAGAGCAAGGUGGCUCUGAAGUACGACGCCUGGCACAAGGAGGUGCUCGGCAAGUUCGGUGCCCUUCUCGGAGGGGAGAUGGUCACCUUCCACUCGCAGCUCGCCAAAUCUCGUAGCCAGCUUGAGCAGCAGACAAUCGAGGCUGCCUCAACCAGCGAUGCUGUAUCGCUCAUUACAUACGUGCAGCAAUUAAAGAGGGAAGUGCUAGCGUGGGAGAAGCAAGUCGACAUCUAUAGAGAGGCGCAACGCAUUCUGGAGAGACAGAGAUUCCAGUUCCCAGCCCAGUGGUUGCAUGUUGAUAAUAUUGAAGGCGAAUGGAGUGCUUUCAACGAGAUUAUGCGCAGGAAGGAUUCAUCUAUUCAGACCCAGGUGGCCUCACUUCAACAAAAGAUCGUGGCAGAAGACAAAGCGGUGGAAGCUCGUACUCUCGAGUUCCUCACCGAGUGGGAGCGCAGCAAGCCUACUGAUGGCUCCACUCGGCCUGAAGAUGCUCUAGCCAGACUGCAGGCCAUGGAGGCCAGAUACACUCGCCUGAAGGACGAGCGUGAUAACGUCGCAAAGGCUAAGGAAGCUCUUGAGUUGCAUGAUACAGGAAGCUCAAUCAACAACGAGCGUAUGACCGUCGCUCUGGAGGAACUGCAAGAUUUACGCGGCGUUUGGUCUUCAUUGAGCAAGAUUUGGACCCAGAUUGAUGAUAUUAGGGAGAAGCCUUGGUUAUCUGUCCAGCCUAGAAAACUAAGGCAACAACUGGAAGCCAUGUUGAAUGAGCUCAAAGAACUGCCGGCACGUCUCCGUAUGUACGACAGCUACGAGUAUGUCCGCAAACUGUUGCAGUCUUACACAAAGGUGAACAUGCUGAUAGUGGAGUUGAAAUCCGACGCGUUGAAGGAGCGUCACUGGCGCCAGUUGUGCCGCGCCCUCAAGGUGGACUGGUCUCUGUCGGAACUGACGCUGGGACAAGUGUGGGACGCCGACCUACUGCAUAACGAGCACACCGUCAAGGAUGUCGUGUCUGUGGCUCAGGGAGAAAUGGCGCUUGAAGAGUUCUUGAAGCAGGUUCGCGAGUCCUGGCAGAGCUAUGAACUGGACCUGAUCAACUAUCAGAACAAGUGCAAGAUCAUCCGUGGAUGGGACGACCUCUUCAACAAAGUCAAGGAACACAUCAACAGCGUGGCUGCAAUGAAACUUUCACCUUAUUACAAGGUAUUUGAAGAGGAAGCUCUAACUUGGGAAGAGAAACUGAACCGUAUCAACGCUCUCUUCGACGUAUGGAUUGACGUACAACGCCGCUGGGUGUACUUGGAAGGUAUCUUCAGUGGCUCCGCUGAUAUCAAGACUCUGCUGCCUGUUGAAACCAGUCGCUUCCAAAGCAUCAGCUCUGAGUUCUUGGGCCUAAUGAAAAAGGUGGGCAAGUCGCCGAUGGUGAUGGAUGUGCUCAACAUCCCCGGAGUGCAGCGCUCUUUGGAACGUCUGGCUGACCUGCUCGGCAAGAUCCAGAAGGCUCUUGGUGAAUACCUCGAGAGGGAAAGGAGCAGCUUCCCACGUUUCUACUUCGUGGGAGACGAGGAUCUCCUGGAGAUCAUCGGUAACAGCAAGAACAUCGCUCGUCUGCAGAAGCACUUCAAGAAGAUGUUCGCUGGGGUCGCCGCUAUUAUUCUCAACGAAGAUAACACUGUUAUCAACGGUAUUGCCUCUCGUGAGGGUGAAGAGGUCUACUUCACAUCGCCCGUAUCAACGAUUGAGAACCCCAAGAUCAACUCCUGGCUGUCCAUGGUUGAGCGCGAAAUGCGCGUGACCUUGGCGUGCAGGCUCAAGGACGCUGUUGGUGACGUCAAGCAGUUCAAAGAUGGCAACGUUGAUCCGCAGAAGUUCAUCGAUUGGUGUGAUAAGUACCAAGCUCAAAUCGUAGUCCUGGCAGCUCAAAUCCUAUGGUCGGAAGAUGUGGAGGCAGCCUUAGCUAGCGGUGGAGGUGAUGGCUUGAAGAGAGUGUUGGCGCACGUUGAGAACAUGCUGAACAUCCUCGCUGACUCCGUGCUGCAGGAACAGCCACCUUUGAGGAGGAGGAAACUCGAACACUUGAUCAACGAGUUCGUCCACAAGCGUACAGUGACGCGUCGUCUGAUCGCCUCUGACGUCAACAGCCCGCGCUCCUUCGAAUGGCUCUGCGAGAUGCGAUUCUACUUCGAUCCUAGGAACAAUGACGUACUACAACAGCUGACAAUCCACAUGGCUAACGCCAAGUUCCUGUACGGAUUUGAGUAUUUGGGUGUGCAAGACCGCUUGGUACAAACUCCGUUGACCGACCGUUGCUAUCUUACUAUGACUCAAGCUUUGGAAGCUCGCCUCGGAGGAUCACCUUUCGGACCUGCCGGUACUGGUAAGACCGAGUCUGUGAAGGCUCUCGGAAACCAGCUCGGUCGUUUCGUGCUAGUGUUCAACUGCGACGAAACUUUCGACUUCCAAGCUAUGGGCCGUAUCUUCGUCGGUCUUUGUCAGGUGGGUGCCUGGGGUUGCUUCGACGAGUUCAAUAGAUUGGAGGAGAGAAUGUUGUCGGCUGUAUCCCAACAAGUGCAGACGAUUCAAGAGGCACUCAAGAGUCACCAGGAGGGAGAUAAUACUGCCAAGUCCAUAACAGUAGAACUCGUCGGCAAACAAGUCCGUGUGAGCCAAGACAUGGCGAUCUUCAUCACUAUGAACCCUGGAUACGCGGGCCGUUCCAACUUGCCCGAUAAUUUGAAGAAGUUGUUCCGAAGCUUGGCCAUGACCACCCCUGACAGGCAGCUGAUCGCCGAAGUGAUGCUGUUCAGCCAAGGGUUCAGGACCGCUGAGAAGUUGGCCUGCAAGAUCGUGCCGUUCUUUAAGUUGUGCGACGAACAACUGUCGAACCAAUCUCACUACGACUUUGGAUUGCGUGCCCUCAAGUCUGUGCUCGUAUCAGCCGGUAACGUCAAGCGAGACCGCAUACAGAAAAUCAAGGAGAACCUGGUUGACCGCGGAAACGAGGUUCCCGAUGAGGCUUCCAUAGCCGAGUCCCUCCCGGAACAAGACAUCCUCAUUCAGUCCGUCUGCGAGACCAUGGUGCCCAAGCUGGUGGCUGAAGAUAUCCCGCUGCUGUUCUCACUGCUCAACGAUGUGUUCCCCAACGUUGGCUACACUAGGGCUGAGAUGACUGGACUAAAGAACGAAAUCCGCGCCGUUUGCGCCGAAGAAUUCUUAGUGUGCGGCGAAGGCGACGAGCAAGGCUCCACUUGGAUGGAAAAGGUUCUUCAAUUGUACCAAAUCUGCAAGUUGAAUCAUGGUCUGAUGAUGGUCGGACCAUCGGGAAGCGGGAAGUCUACCGCCUGGCGCGUAUUGCUCAAAGCACUGGAGAGAUUCGAAGGUGUAGAAGGAGUUGCACACGUCAUCGAUCCAAAGGCCAUGUCGAAGGAAACACUGUAUGGUGUACUUGACCCCAACACCCGAGAAUGGACCGAUGGUCUAUUCACACAUAUACUCAGGAAAAUAAUCGACAACGUUCGCGGUGAGAUCAACAAGCGUCAAUGGAUCAUAUUCGACGGUGACGUGGAUCCCGAAUGGGUGGAGAACUUGAACUCAGUGUUGGACGACAACAAACUGCUGACCCUCCCCAACGGCGAGCGUCUGUCGCUACCACCAAAUGUUCGAGUUAUGUUUGAAGUACAAGAUCUGAAAUAUGCCACUCUCGCUACCGUAUCCCGUUGCGGUAUGGUCUGGUUCUCGCAAGACGUUCUCACCACCGAAAUGAUUUUCGAAAACUAUCUUAUGAGGCUGAGGAAUAUUCCUUUGGAAGAUGGAGAAGAAGAUUCGUUCAGCAUCGUUAUGGCUGCUCCUACAGCCGGCGGCGAUCAGAACGCUACCGAAAACAUUCUGUCUCCAGCGUUACAAACACAACGUGACGUAGCAUCGAUCCUGCAACCUCUGUUCUUCGGUGACGGUCUGGUAGUCAAAUGCCUAGAGCGCGCCGUCAGCCUCGACCAUAUUAUGGACUUUACUCGUCAUAGGGCGCUAUCAUCGCUACACUCCAUGCUUAACCGCGGCGUGAGGAACAUUCUAGGCUACAACCGUCAGCACCCUGACUUCCCGAUCACCAAUGAACAACUGGAAGCCUACGUACCGAAGUGGCUUGUCUACUCUCUAUUAUGGUCAUUCGCUGGUGACGCUAAACUGAAGGAUCGUAAUGAGCUCGGCGAUUUUAUCAGGUCCGCUAGUACCAUGCAGCUACCUAACUGUGGCGCCAAUCAGCAUAUCAUUGACUUUGAGGUGUGCAUAACUGGUGAAUGGGUGCCGUGGUCAGCGAAGGUGCCUCAGAUUGAAGUAGAGACACACAAAGUGGCCGCGCCUGAUGUCGUCGUGCCCACUCUAGACACAGUGCGACAUGAAGCCUUGCUGUACACUUGGUUGGCUGAACACAAACCUUUAGUGCUCUGCGGACCUCCCGGGUCUGGUAAGACCAUGACGCUGUUCUCCGCACUCCGUGCUCUGCCAGAUAUGGAAGUCGUCGGUCUUAACUUCUCGUCGGCGACCACACCGGAACUGCUCCUAAAGACCUUCGAUCACUACUGCGAGUAUAGGAAGACUCCCAAUGGAGUUGUUCUUGCGCCAGUGCAGCUCGGCAAAUGGCUAGUACUGUUCUGCGAUGAAAUAAACUUGCCAGAUAUGGACCAAUACGGCACCCAGCGAGUCAUUUCGUUCUUAAGACAGCUGCUCGAACACAAAGGAUUCUACAGAGCUAGCGACCACUCGUGGGUCCACCUGGAGCGCAUUCAGUUUGUGGGCGCAUGUAACCCGCCCACUGACCCUGGCCGUAAGCCGCUGUCUCACAGACUUCUGCGACACGUGCCCGUCAUAUACGUCGACUAUCCCGGAGAAACUUCACUUGAGCAGAUCUACGGCACAUUCACCCGCGCAAUGCUACGCAUGCAACCCGCCCUGCGCGGCUACGCGGAGCCCCUGACCCAGGCCAUGGUGAAGCUGUACCUCGCCUCACAAGAGCGUUUCACUCAGGACAUGCAGCCGCACUACGUGUACUCGCCUCGAGAAAUGACCAGAUGGGUGCGGGGUAUCUGCGAGGCUAUUAGGCCUCUGGAUAACUUGAAUGUCGAAGGACUGGUAAGGUUGUGGGCGCACGAAGCUCUCCGUCUGUUCCAAGACCGUUUGGUUGACGACGCUGAGAGGCAAUGGACCGACGAGAACAUUGAUAACGUCGCCAUGAGGUUCUUCCCAGGUAUUAACAGAGAACAAGCGUUGGCUCGUCCUAUUCUCUACAGCAACUGGCUCAGCAAGGAUUAUAUUCCCGUAUUGAGAGAUCAACUACGGGAAUACGUCAAAGCUAGGCUGAAGGUGUUCUACGAGGAAGAGUUAGACGUGCCCCUGGUACUAUUCGACGAGGUGCUGGACCACGUGUUGCGUAUCGACCGUAUCUUCAGACAGCCGCAGGGACACUUGCUGCUGAUUGGAGUGUCGGGCGCCGGCAAGACCACGCUCAGUCGCUUCGUGGCUUGGAUGAACGGACUUAGCAUCUUCCAGAUUAAGGUUCACAACAAAUACACGGGUGCUGACUUCGAUGAGGAUCUCCGUUCUGUGCUCCGUCGCGCUGGAUGUCGCGAUGAGAAGGUCGCCUUCAUCCUCGACGAGUCUAAUGUACUGGACAGUGGCUUCCUCGAGAGAAUGAACACUUUGUUAGCUAACGGAGAGGUUCCUGGAUUGUUUGAAGGAGACGAAUUUGCUGCGCUCAUGACUCAAUGUAAAGAGGGCGCUCAAAGAGAAGGUUUGAUGUUAGACUCAAACGACGAAUUAUACAAAUGGUUCACUGGCCAAGUCAUGCGCAACUUGCACGUGGUGUUCACAAUGAACCCGUCGUCCGAAGGCCUGAAGGACAGAGCGGCGACGUCGCCCGCGCUCUUCAACAGAUGUGUACUCAACUGGUUCGGUGACUGGAGUGACGGCGCACUCUUCCAAGUGGGUAAAGAGUUCACUCAGCGCAUGGACCUAGACUCAGCGGAGUACACGCCGCCAGACGGGUUCCCGUCGGCGUGCGGCGAGGUGGGCGCGCGGCCCUCACACCGCGAGGCCGUCGUCAACGCCUGCGUCUACGUGCACCAGACGCUGCACCGCGCUAAUGCUAGCCUCGCCAAGCGCGCGAACAGAACUAUGGCUAUAACACCCAGACACUACCUCGACUUCAUUCAACAAAUGGUGAAGUUGUACGCUGAGAAGCGCGCGGACCUUGAGGAGCAACAGCUGCACUUGAACGUCGGUCUCGGCAAGAUCGCGGAGACUGUCGAACAGGUCGAGGAGAUGCAGAAGAGUCUUGCUGUCAAAUCUCAGGAACUGCAACACAAGAACGAAGCUGCUAACGCUAAACUACGUCAAAUGGUCAAAGAUCAACAAGAAGCCGAAAAGAAGAAGGUUGAAAGCCAGGAAAUUCAAGUCGCUUUAGAGAAACAGACGAAGGAGAUCGAAGCGAAACGCAGGGAUGUGAUGGCCGAUUUAGCGCAAGUAGAACCAGCUGUCAUUGAGGCCCAAAAUGCGGUGAAAUCUAUAAAGAAGCAACAUUUGGUGGAAGUGAGGUCUAUGGGCAAUCCGCCGGCGCUCGUGAAGGUCGCGCUGGAAUCCAUCUGCCUGCUGCUCGGCGAGAACGCCACGGACUGGAAGGCGAUCCGCGCCGUCAUCAUGCGAGAGAAUUUCAUCAACAGCAUCGUCUCCAAUUUCUCCACCGAGGACAUAACUGAUGACGUUCGUGAGAAAAUGAGGACUCGCUACCUGAGCAACCCUGAUUACAACUUCGAGAAGGUGAACAGAGCCAGUAUGGCUUGUGGUCCUAUGGUCAAAUGGGCCAUCGCUCAGAUCGAAUACGCGGACAUGUUGAAACGUGUGGAACCUCUGCGCAACGAGCUGAAGGCUCUUGAAGACCAGGCUCAGAGCAACGUCACAGCCGGCAACGGAGUGCGGGAGCUGAUCGCACAACUUGAGAAGUCCAUCGCCUCGUACAAGGAAGAGUACGCGCAGCUGAUCAGCCAAGCCCAGGCUAUUAAGACCGACUUGGAGAAUGUGCAAGCCAAGGUCGACAGGUCGAUAGCUCUACUUAAGAGUUUAGUGAUCGAGCGUGAACGUUGGGAGUCGAGCUCGGAGACGUUCCGCUCUCAGAUGAGCACCAUCGUCGGUGACGUGCUGCUGUCCGCCGCCUUCAUCGCGUACGGUGGUUACUUCGAUCAACACUACCGUCAAAACCUAUUCACGACAUGGACGGCGCAUUUAGCGGCGGCUAACAUCAAGUACCGCGCGGAUAUCGCCCGCACCGAGUACCUCAGUAACCCAGAUGAACGUCUACGUUGGCAGGCCAACGCUUUGCCGACUGACGAACUGUGUGUCGAGAAUGCUAUUAUGCUCAGGCGCUUCAACCGUUACCCGCUGAUCAUCGAUCCAUCGGGACAAGCCACCGAGUUUAUAAUGCGUGAGUUCAAAGAACGUAAGAUCACCAAGACCUCCUUCCUUGACGACUCCUUCAGAAAGAACUUGGAAUCUGCGCUGCGUUUCGGUAAUCCUCUGUUGGUGCAAGACGUAGAAAACUACGACCCGAUUCUGAACCCUGUACUGAACAGAGAACUGCGCCGCACUGGCGGCCGAGUGCUCAUCACUCUCGGAGACCAGGACAUCGAUCUUAGUCCGUCGUUCGUCAUAUUCCUUAGUACCAGGGACCCAACCGUUGAGUUCCCACCGGACAUGUGUUCUCGUGUCACAUUCGUCAACUUCACCGUGACGCGCUCCUCGCUGCAGUCGCAAUGCUUGCACAGAGUGCUCAAGGCCGAGAGACCUGAUAUUGACACGAAGCGGUCUGACUUGCUGAAAUUGCAAGGUGAGUUCCAUCUUCGUCUCCGUCAACUCGAGAAGUCGUUACUACAAGCGCUCAACGACGCUAAAGGCAAGAUUCUGGACGAUGACUCCGUAAUCGCAACUCUGGAAACCCUGAAGAAGGAAGCAGAUGACAUUGGACAGAAGGUCGAGGAAACUGAUAAGGUCAUAGCAGAGAUCGAGACUGUCAGCCAGCAGUACUUGCCUUUGUCUCAAGCUUGCAGCAGCAUCUACUUCACCAUGGAGUCUCUGCACCAAGUACACUUCCUGUACCAGUACUCGUUGAAGAUGUUCCUGGACAUCUUCAGCUCGGUGCUGGUGUGUCCCAUGCUCAGCGGCAUCACCGACUACACUGCUAGGCUCAAUAUUAUCACUGAAGUCUUGUUUGCGGUGGUCUACGAGCGUGUAGCCCGCGGUAUGCUGCACACCGACCGUCUGACGUUCGCUCUGCUGCUGUGCCGCAUCCACCUGAAGGGAACCGGUGCUGAAGACACGUUGGAGCGCUCCUUCGGCGUGUUCCUCGGAGGCAAGGAGGGCUUCGUGUCCACUACCUCACCGCUAGAGCCACUGACUCAUCAGCAACACGAUGCCGCGGCUAGACUAAGCUCUAGACUGCCGCACUUCCGGCGCCUGCUGGACAAGGUGGGCGAGCUGCCGGAGCUGCCCGCGUGGCUGUCGCAGGCGGCCCCCGAGCAGUGCGUGCCCACGCUGUGGGACGGGGACGCCGCCGCGCCGCCCGCGCCGCACACGCUCGCCAUGUACCGUCUGCUGCUCAUACAGGCAUUCCGCCCGGACCGCGUGAUAGCGGCUGCGACCCAGCUGGUGACAGCAGUGCUUGGCGCCGGCUACAUGGCUAAGGCCGAGACUGAACUGGACCUGGCUUCCAUCACCGAGACACAGCUGAACGCUACCACACCCGCGCUGCUGUGCUCCGUGCCAGGAUAUGAUGCUAGCGGUCGCGUGGACGACAUGGCUACUGAGCUGAACAAGCCUCUCUCGAGUAUCGCUAUCGGUUCCGCUGAAGGUUUCAACCAAGCCGAGCGCGCCAUCAACACUGCUUGCAAGACUGGACGCUGGGUAAUGCUCAAGAACGUUCACUUGGCACCUGUCUGGCUGGUCCAGCUGGAGAAGAAGCUCCACUCUCUGCAGCCUCACCCCAACUUCCGUCUGUUCCUGACGACGGAGAUCAGUCCCAAGCUGCCCGUCAACCUGCUGCGGGCGGGCCGUGUGCUCGUGUUCGAGCCGCCGCCGGGCAUCCGCGCCAACCUGCUCAGGACUUUCGCUACGGUACCGGCUGCCCGUAUGAUGAAACAACCAUCAGAACGUGCGCGACUUUACUUCUUGUUGGCUUGGUUCCACGGUAUCGUUCAAGAACGUCUUCGCUACGUACCGCUGGGAUGGGCUAAGUACUACGAGUUCAAUGAGUCGGACCUGAGAGUCGCCUGUGACACACUCGACACAUGGAUCGAUGCUACCGCUAUGGGUCGUACCAACCUACCGCCAGAGAAGGUACCGUGGGAAGCACUGGUAACACUCCUGUCGCAGUGUAUCUACGGAGGCAAGAUCGACAACUCCUUCGACCAGAGGCUGUUGCACUCGUUCUUGUGCAAACUCUUCACACCCAAAUCGUUUGAAGCUGACUUCGCUCUCGUCGCUAAUGUCGAUGGGGCAAGUGGCAACCAGCGCCACAUUACGAUGCCGGACGGCAACCGUCGCGACCACUUCCUCAAAUGGAUCGAAGACUUGUCCGACAGGCAGACUCCGUCAUGGCUCGGCCUGCCAAACAACGCUGAGAAGGUACUCUUAACGAACCAAGGCAGCGAUUUGGUGUCGAAACUGCUUAAGAUGCAGCAACUGGAAGACGAAGAGGAGCUGGCGUAUAAUGCCGCCGCUCAAGACCAUGAUGUAGUCUCAGAUUCAAUGGUCGAUGGCAGACCAGCUUGGAUGAAGACUCUACACUCAACUGCCACUAACUGGCUGCAGCUUCUACCCAAGCAGUUACCGACUCUGCGUCGUACCGUUGAGAACAUCAAGGACCCAUUGUAUCGUUUCUUCGAGCGCGAAGUCGCCGCCGGAGCCUCGCUCUUGCAACAAGUGCUGCACGAUCUACACAACGUACUCUCCAUCUGUCAGGGCGAGAUGAAGCAGACGAACGAGACCCGCGCCAUGGUGGGCUCGCUGGUGCGCGGCAUGCUGCCGGGCAGCUGGCGGCGCUACGCGGUGGCGCGCGGCUGCACGGUGCAGCAGUGGGUGGGCGACUUCGCGCACCGCGUCACGCAGCUGGCCGCCGUGUCCGACGCCGUGGCCGCGCAGGGCGCCAAGCGACUGCAGAGUAUCCCCGUGUGGCUCGGCGGUCUCCUGAACCCCGAAGCGUAUAUAACAGCUACCCGCCAGUGUGUCGCUCAAGCUAACUCCUGGUCUCUUGAGGAACUGCAUCUCCAGGUGACAAUCCCUGACCCCGGCACACCGACAGAAAACGCUCAAACCGAAUGGUCGUUCUCUGUGACUGGGCUCAAGCUACAGGGCGCCACUGUGAAGGGCAACCGUCUGCUGCUCACCAACACAAUCAUGGUGGACCUCCCGCUCACCGUGCUCACUUGGAUACGUGGACCGGAGGCUGCAACCGGCGGUCAAACCUUGACACUCCCGGUGUAUCUAAACAGCGCUCGUUCCGAACUGCUGUUCACCGUUCGUCUGCCCAUCGCGCCCGGACAAGAACCGCACGCUUUCUACGAGAGGGGCGUAGCCCUACUCACCUCCACUGCCCUCAACUAAAUCAGCCCAACUUGGUUCAGCUUUUUGCUUAUAAGCUAAAAUAUUACGUAACACUAUAAUCGUUACGUUUUAGAAAAUGCAUUCAGUAUAUCAACUUUAUUUAUGUCAUAGUAAAUGUGCACGCUAUUUAUUUUACUCAAAUAAAUAAAAUAUAAUAAUAAAA